AUAAACAAAGAAAAAGAUCGAGAAAGGCAGUUCGAUUUUCGAAAGCCGGUGGAUUAUACGUUGAAACAACUCGUCAAUGAUGACGACUUUAAAAUACAUUUAACGAACGUCUGCAAGGAAUACAAGGAAAACCCAAAAAGCGGUAGAAAAUUGCAUAGAUGGACUCCACGCCGUCUCCCGCCUCCGGUGGAGCUUUGUGAGCUCGACUGGAAGCCUGCUGAACUAGCAGCAUUGGGUGUUAUUUUAACAUAUUAUAAGAUUCUCACGUUUUUGUGGGCGAAAAUAAAGAAAUCGGUUAUAAGUAAAGUUCUGUAA